CGCGGCGCGAGGACGCAACUUCCACGGGACGGAGGCGGCGGCGCCGCGGGGCGGGCGGGCGCGGGAAGGCGCGGAGCGGUGCGGAGCGAAGCGAGCGGGUGCGGGGCGUCUCGCCCUGUCCGGCGCGGCAGGGGGAGCCGGGCUGCGCCGGGUCCCGCCGGGCCGAAGUUUCGCAGCCGCCCCACGGGCGGGCAGGAGGGGCCGGAGGCCGCGGCGUCGGGAGCAUGAGAGGUCCGCCCCGGCCUGGCCGCUGCCGCGUCCCCCGGAGGACGGGCCGGUGCUGCGGGCGGUGAGGGGUCGCCCGGGGACUGCUCCUGGGCGCCUGCGGGCCGGAGGGGAGAGUGAGAGGCGGCGGCUGCUCCCGCGGGGACCCCAUUAGCCCGCGGCGGUGCCUGCGGGUCCCCCGCGCCCCGCUGUAGCGCUUGUGUUCGCUUUCAUUCCCCUUCCCCGGCGGGGGAGGAGGCGCGGCGGCGCGGAGCCUGCCCGGGCUCCCCUAGGGCGGCGCGGAGGCGCCCGGAAAGCCCCGGCCCGAGGAGGCGCCUCCCGCCGUCGCCUGCGAGCGGCCCGGCUCCCCUCCCUGCGCGGGGCUCACCUUGCGGGCGGUGCGCGGAGGAGGCCGGCGGCGGCCCCUGCCCCUGGCGGCGGCCUGCGCGCAUGGAGGCGCCGGGCGCGGGGCCGGGGCGGAGGAGGCGAGGAGCGGCUCCAUGAGGGCAGCGGCCCUGCCGGGGACCGCCGCCUCGCCGGGCGUCUGCCAGCCGCUGCCGCCCGCCCUGCCCGGGCCGCGCUCCCCGCCCUGAGGCCGCUCGGCGCGGCUCGGCUCCGAAAAAACUUUUCCGCAUCGGCCGAGGAUGGAGCUUGCCGGGAUGGAUUAUUUCUGCGACCAGGUGCAGCAGAAGGACGUGGGCCGCAGGCUGCAGGUCGGCCAGGAGCUGCUGGAAUACCUGAGCGACCCGGCCAGGUCCCCCGACCUGGAGCAGGACCAGCAGCGCCUUGACAAAGUGAUCGACGAGCUAACAGCGUGGGUCAACUCCAGCAAUUUCAAGGUAGCAUUACUGGGACUAGAUGUUUUAGGUGCCUUUGUCAACAGACUAUCAGGACGCUUUAAAUCCUAUAUAGGAACUGUUCUCCUGCCUUUGAUAGAUCGUAUGGGAGAUGCCAAAGACCAAGUUCGAGAGCAAGCACAGAAUCUUAUAUUGAAAUUGAUGGAUGAAGCAGCACCGCCCAUGUACAUUUGGGAACGCCUUGUCAUUGGUUUUAAACACAAGAAUUACCGAUCCCGAGAAGGAGUGUGUUUGUGUCUUAUUGCUACCUUAAACAUUUAUGGUGCACAGCCGUUAAUCCUCAGCAAGUUGGUACCGCAUCUGUGUACAGUGUUCGGUGACUCAAAUAGUCAGGUGAGAGAUGCUGCCAUACUAGCCAUUGUAGAAGUUUAUAGACAUGUGGGAGAAAAAGUACGAAUAGAUCUUACGAAGAGAGGAAUUCCUCCUGGAAGGUUGCAAACAAUCUUUGCAAAAUUUGAUGAAGUAAGAAACUCUGGAAAUAUGAUUUUAAGUAGUGUCAGUGACAAAAGCUUUGAUGAUGAAGAGUCAGUGGAUGGAAAUAGGCCAUCAUCAGCUGCUUCAGCCUUCAAGGUUCCGGCACCUAAAAAGCCAGGAAAUCCUUCAAACAGUGCAAGAAAGCCAGGAUCAGCUGGUGGGCCUAAGGUUGGAGGUUCCACUAAAGAAGGAGGAGCUGGAGCUGUGGAUGAAGAUGAUUUUAUUAAGGCAUUUACAGAUGUUCCUACUGUACAGAUCUAUUCUAGUCGAGAACUUGAAGAAACGUUGAACAAAAUCAGGGAAAUUCUCUCAGAUGACAAACAUGAUUGGGAUCAACGAACUAAUGCGCUGAAGAAAGUUCGGUCAUUGCUUGUUGCUGGAGCUGCACAGUAUGAUGGAUUUUUCCAGCAUUUACGGUUGUUGGAUGGUGCUUUCAAGCUGUCAGCCAAGGAUCUCAGAUCCCAGGUGGUUAGAGAAGCAUGCAUUACUGUAGCCCAUCUUUCAACUGUUCUGGGAAACAAGUUUGAUCAUGGCGCUGAAGCUAUUGUGCCUACUCUUUUUAAUCUGGUUCCCAACAGCGCCAAAGUGAUGGCGACUUCUGGGUGCGCAGCCAUUAGAUUCAUUAUUCGGCAUACUCAUGUGCCACGACUCAUACCUUUAAUAACAAGCAACUGUACCUCAAAAUCAGUUGCAGUUAGAAGACGCUCCUUUGAGUUCUUAGACUUGCUGUUGCAAGAGUGGCAAACACAUUCGUUGGAAAGGCAUGCAGCUGUCUUGGUUGAAACGAUCAAGAAAGGCAUUCAUGAUGCUGAUGCAGAAGCAAGAGUGGAGGCAAGAAAGGCUUACCUGGGUCUCAGAAAUCAUUUUCCUAGUGAAGCUGAGACUCUGUACAAUUCUCUUGAGCCACCCUAUCAAAGAAGCCUCCAGACCUACUUGAAGAAUUCUGGCAGUAUAGCAUCUCUCCCUCAGUCAGACAGGUCAUCUUCCAGCUCACAGGAGAGCCUCAAUCGGCCUCUAUCAUCUAAAUGGUCUGCAGCCAGCCCAGCAAGCCUUGCAGGCAGAGUUUCAGGCAGCAGCAAGGGUGUUCCAAGCCCAGGAACUCUGCAAAGGUCUCGCAGUGACAUUGAUGUUAAUGCUGCCGCAGGUGCAAAGGCCCGCCACGCUGCUGGACAGACAGCUGGAGCUGGGCGCUUAUCAGCAGCUGGUCUACCCCCGGGAUCUUACGCUUCGCUAGAGGAUACUUCUGACAAGAUGGAUGGAACAGCUUCUGAAGAUGGUCGUAUACGAACAAAGCUUUCAACACCUUCUGUUGGUAUUGGAAAUUCUAAAACAGAUUCCAGAGGACGGAGUAGAACCAAAGUGGUGUCACAGUCUCAGCCUGGCAGUAGAUCUGGCUCUCCUGGAAGAGUUUUGACUACAACCACACUUUCCACUAUGAACACAGGAGUUCAGAGAGUGUUAGUGAAUCCUGCAGCUGCACAAAAACGAAGCAAGAUCCCACGAAGUCAGGGAUGCAGUAGAGAAGCUAGUCCUUCUAGGUUGUCAGUAGCACGAGGAAGCCGCAUUCCUCGGCCUAGUGUGAGUCAGGGAUGCAGUCGGGAGGCCAGCCGUGAAAGUAGCAGGGAUACAAGCCCUGUCCGCUCUUUUCCACCCCUUGCUUCCAGACACCACUCCAGAUCCACUGGUGCCCUCUACGCUCCUGAUGUUUAUGGGGCUACAGGUACUGGCUUCGGAAUUAGUCAGUCGAGUAGAUUAUCAUCAUCAGUUAGUGCUAUGCGAGUUCUGAACACAGGUUCUGACGUGGAAGAGGCAGUAGCAGAUGCUUUGCUCUUAGGAGACAUACGGACUAAGAAGCCCGUGCGAAGAAGAUACGAGUCCUAUGGAAUGUACUCAGAUGAUGAUGCCAACAGUGAUGCAUCAAGUGCCUGUUCAGAAAGGUCCUACAGCUCUAGGAAUGGAAGCAUACCAACAUAUAUGAGACAGACAGAAGAUGUGGCUGAAGUCCUAAAUCGCUGUGCUAGCUCCAACUGGUCAGAGAGAAAAGAAGGCCUUCUAGGCCUGCAGAAUUUAUUAAAGAACCAGAGAACUUUAAGUCGUGUUGAGUUGAAAAGGUUGUGUGAAAUCUUCACAAGAAUGUUUGCUGAUCCUCACAGUAAGGUGUUCAGUAUGUUUUUGGAGACACUGGUGGACUUCAUCCAGGUCCAUAAAGAAGAUCUGCAGGACUGGCUGUUUGUACUGCUGACACAGCUGUUGAAAAAAAUGGGUGCUGAUUUGCUUGGGUCUGUACAAGCAAAAGUUCAGAAGGCACUUGAUGUCACAAGGGAAUCUUUCCCAAAUGACCUCCAGUUCAGUAUUUUAAUGAGAUUUACUGUUGACCAGACCCAAACACCUAGCUUGAAGACAGUCAAGCCAGCACUACAGGACCAGCUUCGCUCUUUUUGGAGCUCAAAGGUCAAAGUUGCAAUCCUUAAAUACAUAGAGACUCUUGCACAACAGAUGGAUCCAGGAGAUUUUGUAAAUUCAAGUGAAACUAGGUUAGCAGUUUCUCGAAUCAUCACCUGGACCACAGAACCUAAAAGCUCAGAUGUUAGGAAGGCUGCACAGUCAGUGCUGAUUUCCCUUUUUGAACUCAACACUCCAGAGUUUACAAUGCUGUUGGGUGCUUUACCAAAAACAUUUCAGGAUGGAGCCACAAAGCUUCUCCAUAAUCAUCUCCGGAAUACAGGCAACAGUGGUCAGGGAUCAAUGGGAAGUCCUUUAACAAGACCGACUCCACGCUCCCCAGCAAGUUGGUCAAGUCCUCUCACUUCCCCAACCAAUACAUCACAGAAUACUUUGUCACCAAGUGCAUUUGACUAUGACACUGAAAAUAUGAAUUCGGAAGAUAUAUACAGCUCUCUUCGUGGAGUCACUGAAGCCAUUCAGAAUUUCAGUUUUCGUACCCAGGAGGAUAUGAAUGAGCCUUUAAAACGAGAUUCAAAAAAAGAUGAUGGUGAUUCAAUUUGCAGUGCUUCUGGAAUAGUAGACCUACGAGCAGGAAGUGGUGUGAGUGAUACAGGCCGAACAGCUCUUGAUAACAAAACAUCAUUACUCAACACAAUGCCUCCCCACUCUUCACCACGUUCACGAGAUUAUAACCCAUACAAUUAUUCUGAUGGUAUCAGUCCAUUUAAUAAAUCUGCUUUGAAAGAAGCCAUGUUUGAUGAUGAUGCAGAGCAAUUUCCUGAUGAGCCUCCCAUGGACCAUUCUGAUCUGGUUGCAGAGUUACUGAAAGAGUUAUCAAACCAUAACGAGAGAGUUGAGGAAAGAAAGGCUGCCCUGUAUGAGCUCAUGAAGUUAACUCAGGAAGAGUCUUUUGGUGUUUGGGAUGAGCACUUCAAAACAAUACUACUUUUGCUGCUUGAAACACUUGGAGAUAAAGAGCAUGCAAUUAGAGCUUUGGCACUGAAAGUUCUAAGAGAAAUUCUAAGAAACCAGCCAGCAAGGUUUAAGAAUUAUGCAGAGCUCACAAUCAUGAAGACGUUAGAAGCACAUAAGGAUCCUCAUAAGGAGGUGGUGAGAUCUGCUGAAGAAGCUGCCUCCAUGCUGGCGACUUCCAUUAGCCCAGAUCAGUGCAUCAAAGUUCUCUGUCCAAUUAUCCAAACUGCAGAUUACCCCAUUAAUCUGGCUGCAAUCAAAAUGCAGACAAAAGUCAUAGAAAGAGUAUCUAAAGAAACCCUUACUCAGCUUUUACCAGAGAUUGUGCCAGGUCUAAUACAGGGUUAUGAUAAUUCAGAGAGCAGUGUUCGUAAGGCAUGUGUUUUCUGCCUUGUAGCCAUUCAUGCAGUAAUUGGUGAUGAACUAAAACCACAUCUCAGUCAACUCACUGGCAGCAAAAUGAAAUUAUUGAACCUUUACAUCAAACGUGCACAAACAGGCUCGGGACCAGGGGAUACAACAGCAGAUAUGUCUGGACAAAGCUAAUGAAGCUGACAAGAGUUAACCAGGUUUCCUAAAGCAAGGGCAAGGCCCUCUUCAGUGAAAGGAAAAUUCUUAACAUACAACUUCUGGAACUUUUUUCCUUGGGGUUUUUUUUUCCCUUUCUUUUGUUGUUUUUUGGUUUUGUUUCUUUUUUUUCUUUAACCAACGGCUGUCCUCAGCCUGCAUGUGACUGUUGCAAUAGAAUUAUUCCAAAUCCAAGGAAAAACAGUAUUAACAUCAGUUGAUCAAAGCAGAAAUAAAAUCUAAAAAUAAUCUAAUCCAUCAGUUAUCCUGUUCAAAAUCCUCUGUGUCUUCCCAUUAACUUUUGCCAGUGUUAUUGUAUUAAAAAAAAGAUUUUUUUAAUGCUAAUUAAAAAGGUAUGCUUUAAGCUUCAGAAGUUAAAAUAUAAAUUCUGUUGCUUUUACUCAGCUGCAGAUAACAUUACUUUUUUGUUGCUGUUUUGUUUGAGUAUCAUGUCCUUCGCUAGAAACCAGAAGUGAUGUGAAACAAGAAGUGAUGUGAAACAAGGCUGAACUAGUCUGAACUGCAGUGAGACUCGUUCACUGUGUUGGUGGUUCCUCAUCUUUCUUACAGCUUGUUUGGGUUAUUCUGGAGAUUGAGAAAUAUGCCUAUAAAAAAAGCUGGAUUGAUCCAGUUCUGUAAAAGUGAUAUUGUUCAUUGGUUGUAUGUUUGUUGCAUAAAUAAGAAUUUAGUGUGCGCAGCAGAGGACUGGUACAACCAGUACCUCUUAAUGUGGAAGACAGCCCUUUCAGGGUAGCAUUGCCGACCUGGUGAUAGUGUGGCAGUCUGCUUUCUGGCAGCAGAGUUAAUGGUCACUUGAUGGACGUGAACCAUCCUUGUCACCUUUCGUUCUUCAAGCAGGAUGCUUCAGAAUGGAGUGCUCUGCCCAAGCAUGCUCAGUAUGUAUUUAUCUUUAUCACUAGAAUGUUUCCUCUCAACCUAAUUGCUGGAACAAGUAGUCUUGUAUUGUAACUCACAUGGGAUUUUGACAGCAGUGCAGAAAACUAUUUAUUCGUUACCUUCCUAAAAGCACCAAGAUUUUCUGCAUUGAAUUUAAAUGGGGGGGAGGGGGAAUAGUCACAAAUGCUAUUGAUCUUGCCACCUUUUAAUUUAAAAAAAAUAUAUAUAUUUUGGAUGAGUUGGGAAAGCUGCACCAAAUUAUUUGCAUGGUUUUCUUGAAUAGCAUCCUCAAGACCCAUCUGGAUUAAGGUGUGGAAAUGUUUCCAGGGUUUGUUUUUCCAUUUUUGAAAAAGAGUUAGUUUAUUGUGAAUAAUGGUUCUUUGUAUUUAUGAACUUGAUAAUGGAAAGAGAACAAAGAUCAAGUAAAUGUGUCCCUAAAUGUUGUCUUUUUCUUUUUUUUUUCUUUUUCUUUUUUUAUGUCUUGGAUAUAAGUAGCAAGCUAAUUUAACUGAGAACUGGGAUGAAACAGGAAUGGUGACACUUUUUUUCCUGACUUUUUUUUUUUUUCCCUCCCCUUUGACUGUGAUGUUGUCUAGUUGUAGGAAGUGUAUCCUGAUAAGAGAGAAAAUAGCGGUGCCAAGGAUGAUGAUCUAUGCUAGGCUAAAAUUCUCUCUACCUCUUCAGGGUGACUAAUUUUUGACUGAGCUGCUGCGUAUAGCACCCGGUGGAAGAACUAUCUACAGAAAAUAUUUUUUUUUUUUUUCUCUCUUCCAAAUUAUCACUUAAUGUGUAUUCAAAACUCUUCUUCAACAUUGCAGCCAAAUAUCAUAAGAAACUACUUACACACUUUACUUGCUAGAAACCCUGAAAAGCAAAACUGAAUAAAAAUUUAGUCAGAUGCUUGUAGUUACAUGAAAGGUUGUUUUCACUUUAGUUUGAAGUGAAUGCAAUAGAAAGAGCUAACAUGGUUGUUAAAGAAGCAAUGCCAUUGCAGAGAUUUAUUUGAAGGAAAAGUUGUAGAAAUAUAUGUAAAGACUUAAAACCAAGACUGUCAUAACACGUUGCUAGCCCUUUUUAGCAGCUACAUCAAGAAAAUAGUAUCUCUUCUUUCUUUCCUUUGUACGUGUAACAUCUUUGUUGUUUUCUACUGUUUAAUUACAUUGUGUAUUUAUAGUUCUAUGCUUACCAUUGUGCAUAUACUGGCAAUAAAAUGUACAUAACAUUACUUAAAAAAUAAGCAAUGUAUACAUUCUGGUUUUCUGUUUUAUUUGAUCACAUGCUAUAAGAAGAAAUUAUAAAUGUGAUUGAUACAACAUUGGUUAAAAAGAAAAAUUUAUCUUAAUCUUCA